UCACUCUUCUUGUCACAGCAGCAGCUUCCCUCUCCUGAAGAAACUCGCUGAAGAAACACAUCCGAAACAAUCUACACAUCCGAAAUGGCCUCCAAGGUUGCAGCCCUGCUCUUGCUCGGUCUCGUUUGCUUCCAGCUGGCGACAGCUCAGAUGGUGAUGGACUGCUGCCUGAGUGUCAGUGAAAAACGCCUGAAUCCCAAAAACCUGGUGAGCUACAGGAACCAGGUUGCCGGCAUGGGCUGCGACAUCAGUGCCACCGUGUUUGUCAAUAAGAAAGGCUUGAAGCUGUGCAUGGUUCCUGCCGAAGAGAACGCAUGGGUGCAGCACCUUAUCAAGGUUUUGGACAAGAGGAGACUGUCUCAUCAUUAAAAAACAAAAAGAACCUGAAGAAGACGUGUGGAAAGGACGCCUGAGGGCCAAACUCAGAGCUGCAGACAGAACCGCUUCUGUUGAGGCGCUCAGAGCGGGCCGAGCUGUGCAGAACAUGGUGUUACUCAGAAACCCCGGUUCUGUCUGAUUUGUGACACAUUUCUGUUUGUUUUCCUCUGCAAGUCUUCAGACGGGCAGAGGGUUCUGCUCUGUAUAUUAUAUUAUAUCUGUUCUGUUUAUUUAUGGUGACAGCCGUUUUAGUGAGAUAUUCCUCUCUGGCACAGCUCCAGUACAGACUUGUUGCUUUUUUCCCCUUUCUGCUGUAUUUCUCUGAUAAGUUGUACAGAAAUAGAGACGCCUGAACUUGCCUGAACUGCAACAGACGGUGGGAGAAAAAUCACUGCUCUGUUUGCUGCUUGUAUUUUACUGUACAGUUCAAACUCACAAUUCAAAUAAACUUUUAUAUUGUUUUGUA